UUCCCACGGAACUGACAGCGUGACUGUACCGAUGUGCGGGACGUUGAAGUGUUGUUUUAAAAACAAAUAACGAUUAAAAGGAGUGAUGUGAAAUUUGUCUAUUAAGAGGUACGGAUAUAGCCGUAGUCAUAGAGUCACGAAAUGUAUCUUCUCACAGUUACUUGGACGGAUUAAAUUAACAGAAAAGACUCGGUGUACAGUUAAAUAGUAAUACAACUGCGGGGCAAAAAACAGAAAUGUGGGGAGAAAUCGAGCCAUGCACUGAACCCAAGGAGGGUCAAAGGACUUUCAGCUUUGGGUCUGGGACAGGUGCGAGGUGCCGAGACUCUCCAGAUAUAAAGAAGACAGUAAUGUGGGGAGAAUUCGAACCAUGCACAAAACCUGAAACAUCUGCCAAAUGCGGUGAACCUACACCUGAAAAUAGAUGUCCUGUUAAGACACAUGUCGAACAGGGUUCAACCACUUGCAACUCUGGGUCCGGGACAGGUGCAGGUUCCCCUGACUUUCUUUUGAGUCUAAAGGGUGAAUCAUCCAGCAGUCUCAAAGCCAUGAUAGAGACUAUAGCAGCCAGUGGGAGUCCAGUGAAAAGCCAACAGCUUGGAGAACCGGACUUAACUGUAGAGGAGAAGGAGGAGGUCCUUAUGGAACAGUACAAAUCCAAGCCCUUAGUCUUCUUAGAGCGUUAUCAGGCCCAUCUGAAACCAGAGCACUUGGAGGCUUUCUCUCACCUGAGCAGUGACUGCAGGGCUCAGUAUUACUGCAAGGAAAUUCAGAGGCGGGCAUCCGGCAAGGCCAACCAGACAAGGAUCCGUAACUGUCGUUACGCAGCUCUCCGUGUUCUUCAGAAGGAGGGCCAGUACUUCAGCGAGGAACAGAUGCGUGUGCGGGAUCCUCUGCUGUACGAGCAGUACAUCGGACAGUACCUCAGUGAAGAGGAGAUCCUUCAGCGCUCCGAGGAGGCCAUGCAGAACGGCCCAGGGGGACUCGCCGACCUGCUUCUCAACUCCUACCAGGAGAGACUUAUUCAGAACCGUCUGGAGGAGGAGCAGGAGAGAGAGCAGUGUGCAGUGGAGGAGUCUGACGAGGAAGACUGUGAUGAGCCCAGACAGGCAGAGUGGGAGCCGAACCCACAAGAGAAAGCCAUGCUGAGGGAAGAAUUCCUGAGUCAAAUGCAUCAGCGAUUCCUGGAUGGAAAGGAUGACUUCAAUUACAGUGAAGUGGAUGAGAACCCAGAUUAUGAUAACCUUGAUAUUGUAAGCCGUGAUGCAGAGGAGCGUUACUUUGAUGAAGAUGAUAGUGAGGAGGAGGAAGAAGAGGAUAUGAUGCAGUAGCCCUUCAUGUACAGAAUGAUCUCCAAAUAAAAAGACAUUUGUUUCAAUUCACUGUAAAUUCUUAAAAAAAAAAAUCCUGGUCAGGUUUGCAUUGUUUGAUAUUUCGCUUAUGUAAAUGGGAUGAUCUGCAUCAAAAUGUCUUUAAUAAAAGAGUACUAUUUUUCAA